UGCGAAUUGAUCAGUGUGGGGAACGCGAAACAUACAUAACUUAUAAAAACUCUGUUGUAAUAUACUUGGAAUGAGGGAAAACAGAGAAAAUGACAUUUCAAUGAAAUAGUAUUGCAUUUAAUGACAAAGAGAUGCAAAGAGGAGUUUCGACUCCUGUGAAGCAAGAGAGAAAAUCCGAGGCAGCGAAAAGGAAUUCCCGCAUUGCGGCGAAAGCGAAAGCUCCAAUAAUGGCGGGGGACAAGACGAUGAGUGACAAAGAAAGUGAAUCAGUAUGGCUGGAGGAGGUGAGGCACAGGUUUAAUGAGGGAGCCUGGACGCGGACAGCGAGAAAAGAAACCUCAAGAACCAUUUCCAUUCACAGAAUUCCAACGUAUUUCAAGGAUCUGAAUGCCAAAGCCUACAUACCACGGGUUGUGUCGUUAGGCCUUUUUCAUCAUCAGCCCACCAGAGCAUUGUCUGCAAUGGACCGUCGCAAAGUAGAUGCUGUUCUGAGAAUGCGACAGAGGCUGCAACCAUCAAAGCAAACAUUUUUAGUCGAUUUGUUCAAGAAAUCAAUCCCUGAAAUAACAAGCUGCUACGAAGGUGGAAUGGAUACUGGGGACGAAACUAUUGCCUGGACUUGUCUUCUCGAUGGCUGCUUUGUUCUUGAGAUUCUCAGAGUUCUAACCCGACAGGAAGAUAAGAUCAAUCGUCCUCCUGACAAUCUUACUUCCCCUACACAGGUAGAGGAGAAUUCCGAUCCCAUCUAUAAUAAGAAUAGGGUUAGAACCUGCCAGUUUGAUAUUCUGGGUGAUUUCUUCAUGAUGGAAAAUCAGAUCCCCAUUAAGGUUCUGUCGAGUCUAUUACAAUUGGAGAUGGAUUCGCCUCAGAGUGCUCAGAAAGAAUUGUACAAAAUGAUUUGUGAAAUCGUUUCAAUAAUUCAUCCUUUCCUUCCCAGGGGAUUUCCCACCGCGGAAAAACCAGAUUCAUUUGAAGAAGCUGGAGAUCUGGAGAAAUAUAAACACAUCCUGGGACUGUUCCAUUGCUUUGUGACAGAAGAAUACUUAGCUAGGCGGUUAGAGGGCAAACAAAAACCAGACAUCAAGAAAAAUUCUUCUGCUAUUUGCUUUCCAAUAAAAAACUAUACAAGCAGACAAGAAGAAGAGCAAUUGAAAAAACAGAAUGGCAAAAAACAGAGUGAUAAGAAGAUCGGUGAUGAGCAGGAACUCAAUACAUUUAUAAAGGGUUCGGCCUCAGAGCUCUUCGAUAAUGGUAUGAAGUUCAAGCCUUACUAUGGAGUCCCAUCGAAGGAAAAAAUAUGUUUCAGGCAGAAAACACUUUCUCUGCCUACUGUUUUUAUCACAGAUACUUCAGAGAUGAUCUUCAGGAAUCUGAUGGCCAUGGAGGUGUGCCGGCCAAAAAGUAUGAAAUAUGUCUCAUAUUAUAUAUUGCUCAUGAAUACCUUGAUUGAGGGAGAAAAAGAUGUUGCCGUGCUAAGAAGGGAAGGGGUUAUUCAGAGUUCCAUGGGAACCGAUGAUGAAGUCACCGACUUGUUCAAUGAGCUAUGCAAGGGACUCAAUUUGCAGGAUGUUCAGGAAUAUCCCUUUGCGAAGGUAAAGCGGGAUCUAAAUAUGUGGUAUAAUAAUCAGCGAUGGGUUAAAUUGAAACGUUUUUUUAUCAGGCAUCCCAGGCUUCUAAGGAACUUCUAUAUAUUUUGGGCAAUCGCACUUGCUCUCGGGGCUGCUGUACCCACCCUUUUACCAAUAGUCAAGAAAUUUGUGGAUAAUCAGAUCAAUUCUUGAUCGAAAGCCACCAUGCUCUGUUUAAUUCAGUUUGUUCUUCUAAGGUUCUGGUUGGAUUGUGUGUGCUUAUUUAAUCUGUGAUUACCUAAAUAACUCAUAUAAGAGAUAAUAAGUGUUCUUACAUAGGGAGUCUGAAAUUGUCUCGGAGAUAAUCGGAAACCCUGUAACCAAUGACUCUCAAAUACUUUCGUAGAUCCCAAUGAAUGGCAUUGCAGGAUAUGGCCUUUCAGAAAAUGAAUCAGGUUAGUGUUUGAAUUUGUCGGUCACGUAGGGCUGUCAAGUAAGUUUUUUAACAUGUUUUUCCACAGUGCAUACAGUUGUAUGGUUGGCAAUAAUUUUUUGAAAUAUAGAGGCGCCCACUAUUUAUUUCUUCA